AUUGACACCUCACUCAAUGACGGUCGGCGUCACCUAUUACUAUCGGUUUCUUUGGACUUUCUGGUUUCAUGAUUUAGGCACAUAUUUUUCACACUGCAGCUCGGGCUGAUCUUGUUUCUCAUUGGCUGGUGUGUCGAUCGAGGGGCGGGCCUGGCCGCACCCACAUCACCAGAGGGAGAGAGAGCCAGACCAGCACACACUGUCAGUCACGCGUCUCCAGAGCAACAGUAUUAUAGAUCACCUGUUCCUAAGGCUCGUUAUUGCAUACGGAAUCGGCAACUGCAGCCUGUGAGAACAUGAAUUUGAGUCCGCCUGAACAAAGCAUGCACAAGCUGAGCAAGAGCUGCAUGGAUGGCAACAAAGCCGAUCUCCUGCUUCCCUGUUUCCGCAGAAGCAAGUACGACGAGCCCCUCACAUCUUACCACAACGGCUCCAUCAUAUCUCACCUCCUGCAUAAAACUAUUCACAAUAAACGGACUUCCCUAGACAACAACCUCCUUUACCUGCCUUCGGCUAAUGUGUCUGGUGCAAGCGUGGUCAAUUCUGUAUCCAACAUGACCGAUUUUGCUCAAGAGGACCAGAGCAGCAUGUCUUUCCAUGAUAGCAUGGAGGAUCUGUCACCUGGGAGUCAACUCUUAAGCGCAGAUGUUGAGCGGCCAUUAAGCAAGCACCUCCAAGCCAAACGCGCCAGGGUGGAGAACAUCAUACGAGGCAUGGCAGGCUCGCCCAAUUCCAGGUCGCACGGAGAAGAAAAUGAAUGUGAAGCCAUGCGGUGUCGAAGAGAAUUUCUGAAGGAGAACAAACGCAAACAGAGGCUUCCCCAACACCAGGAACCCAAUCGGUCCAACAUACAACCCAACACCAGAGGCAAGACAAGCAAAGAUGAAGAGUGUCACAAACUGAAGGAGCAGCUCCAAAGCAUGCAGUGUCUCUUGCAUCAACUUCAGGAGAAGAUCUUGCAUGUGUACGACCAAAAUUACUCUGAGAACGAGGACAGGGAAAAUGGGAGAUCGGAACAAGAUAAUCAAGAACCACGGCUGAUGUUUGACAAAUGUCUUGGUGGCAGAUACAGAGACCAUCUGAACAACAAUUUCACAUCGGAUAGGGAGGUGAAAAACCUUCAGGAGACUCUUAAAUGCGAGCUGACCAGGACCUUGAGUGAAAGCAUUGACCAGGUCUUCAGAGAGCUCUCGAUGACUCUACUAAACCAAUCAUCCGAGCCGCAGCCUUGCCAGAGUCCGGAGUACUCUGAAUCUGAGAUGCAAACCCAACAAAAUUCCCCUCUGGAGCAGUUAGACUCUGACGAAAUUGUCAAAUCCGGGUCUGCGGACCGCUUUGAGAGCUCCCCCGUCAACAGCCCAGAACACCAGAGCGAAGCUCUAUCCCUGGUGGUUCGUAAACCUUCCCUAACCCAGUUAAACUCAGUCAAUCAGGGCGUAAAGAGACCCUAUCCUCUCCACCAGACUCCCUUCCAGUUGUGCUACAACACUCCCCUCCACGACAGCCAGAUCCUUGAGCACCUUCUGAAAUAUGGGCCGCAUUCUACCUUCUCCGGACUGCCUUGUCUGCCUCCGUCCUUGGAGAGAUCAUCUCCGGACUCCAUGGAGCACUCUUGGGGAAGCGUCGGCAUGAGGUCCAAGGUGACUUCUGGGCAUCUGGGUCAGCACCAUCGCCCAGCACCUCCUGGACUAGUCGCAGUGGAAACCCUGUGCCUCCCACAUGUCAAGAUGGAGUGUGGAGAUCUGCAGAGCAUGGCAGAGAGAAGCUCCUUCAUGUCACUCAGUAUUCAGGAGGGUUUGACCCCAAACCAUCUGAAGAAAGCCAAACUGAUGUUCUUCUACACGCGUUACCCCAGCUCAAAUUUACUCAAGAACUUUUUCCCUGAUGUUAAGUUCAAUCGCUGCAUCACGUCUCAGCUGAUCAAGUGGUUUAGUAACUUCAGAGAGUUCUACUACAUCCAGAUGGAGAAGUUUGCUCGUCAGGCCAUCAUAGACGGUGUGAAUGAUGUGAAAGACAUCUCCGUCAGCAGAGAGUCCGAGCUGUUCCGCGCACUCAACAUGCACUACAACAAAGCCAACGACUUCCAGGUUCCAGACAGAUUCCUGGAGGUUGCUGAAAUCACACUGCAGGAGUUUUACAGCGCCAUUUCACUCACGAAAGACUCCGACCCCUCCUGGAAAAAAGCCAUCUACAAGGUUAUCUGCAAACUAGACAGUGACGUACCUGAGGAUUUCAAGUCCCCUUCAUACCUGUAGCACCACCUACAGGACAUUUUCUGUGUAGCCAUCUGCCGUUAAUUUAUGAGUAUUAAUCAUUUCUGUUGCACUUUGUGCAAGAACAGUCUUAAAUAACUUAAAUUAUUCUGCUCCUAGACAAUUUCAACAUUUAGGAAAACAGGUUUGGGUUUUUCUAUGUACUCAUUCGACUGAAAUACAAGCGAGCAGAUAAAUCAAGUGUGUUUCAUAUUGUCUGUGGAAUCGGCUUGGGAAAUAAUGUUAGUUUGUAUUUUGCUUUAUUGGAAUAUACUCUGCUUUUAUACCGCCACUGUGGACAAAGUUGUGGUGUGUUUUUAGUUUAAAUGUUCCUGGUGGAUUUAUUGUCUGUUAAGUUGUCACUGUGGAGAGAUCACGGAACAUCUGUAAUAAUGACUAUUCUAAAGUAGUAAAUAAGUGUCAUUUAGCUGUAUAAUAAAUAGUAAAUGAGAGUAUUGCAGUAAAAGGA